AUGGGAUGUAAUAUGUGCGUGGUCCAGAAGCCGGAGGAGCAGUACAAAGUGAUGCUGCAGGUGAACGGGAAGGAGCUCUCCAAGCUGUCUCAGGAGCAGACACUGGAGGCCCUGCGUGCCUCCAAGGAGCCCCUGGUGAUCCAGGUGCUGAGACGUAGUCCCCGCCUCCGGGGGGAUGGCUCCUGCCACGACCUGCAGCUGGUGGACAGUGGCACUCAGACGGACAUCACCUUCGAGCAUAUCAUGGCGCUGGGCAAGCUGCGCCCACCCACCCCGCCCAUGGUCAUCCUGGAGCCGUUCGUCCCAUCUGAGCUCCCCCCCAUCAGUCAUGAGUAUUAUGACCCGGCGGAGUUCAUGGAGGGCGGCCCGCAGGAGGCAGACCGGAUGGACGAGCUGGAGUACGAGGAGGUGGAGCUGUAUAAAAGCAGCCACCAGGACAAGCUGGGCCUGAUGGUCUGCUACCGCACAGAUGAGGAGGAGGACCUGGGCAUCUAUGUGGGAGAGGUGAAUCCCAACAGCAUUGCAGCCAAAGAUGGCCGGAUCCGUGAGGGAGACCGUAUCAUCCAGAUAAAUGGCGUGGAUGUCCAGAACCGGGAGGAAGCAGUGGCCAUCCUGAGUCAGGAAGAGAACACCAACAUCUCCCUACUGGUGGCCCGGCCCGAGAGCCAGCUGGCAAAGCGCUGGAAGGACAGUGACCGGGACGACUUCCUGGAUGAAUUUGGCUCUGAGAAUGAGGGCGACCUGCGGGCAAGGAAGCUGAAAUCUCCCCCGGCCCAGCAGCUUGGACAUGAAGAGGAAAAAGGGGCCCCUGAGGCGGGCCCAGGCCUGCACAACAGCCAGGAGCUGGACAGUGGGGUGGGCCGGACAGACGAAAGCACCCGCAACGAGGAGAGCUCCGAGCACGACCUGCUGGGGGACGAGCCCCUGAGCACUGCCAACACGCCUGGGCCCUUGCGCAAGUUCAGCCUGCAAGGGGACGCCCUGCAGAGCCGUGACUUCCACUUCAGCAUGGACUCCCUGCUGGCUGAGGGCGCGGGGCUGGGCAGCGGUGACGUGCCAGGCCUCACAGACGAGGAGUAUGAGCGCUACCGCGAGCUGCUGGAGAUCAAGUGUCACCUGGAGAAUGGCAACCCACUGGGCCUGCCCUUCCCCCGGGCUGUGGCUGGCCACGGUGCCCUGGACGUCAACCGCAAUGAAAGCGUGGGCCACGAGCUGGCCGUGCUGGAGGAGGAGCUGCGGCACCUGGAGUUCAAGUGUCGCAACAUCCUGCGGGCUCAGAAGAUGCAGCAGCUGCGGGAGCGCUGCAUGAAGGCCUGGCUGCUGGAGGAGGAGAGCCUAUACGACCUGGCGGCCGGCGAGCCCAAGAAGCAUGAGCUGUCUGACAUCUCUGAGCUGCCCGAGAAGUCGGACAAGGACAGCACCAGCGCCUACAACACGGGCGAGAGCUGCCGCAGUACCCCACUGCUGGCUGAGCCCCUGCCCGAGAGCCCCCUGCGGCGGGCGACCGCAGCGGUGGGCAACUCCAACCUCAACCGGACCCCCUCGGGAGCCCCUGGCGCUGCCCACCCCAAGGCUGCUGCCCCUCCUCCCCCGGGGAGCCCCACCAAGUUCCGAUCCCUCUCCCGGGAUCCCGACGUGGGCCGGAGACAGCACUCUGCUGAGGAGCGGGUCCGCCACAGCCCCAAGAUGGGGGUGGCCCUGGAGCGCGUGGGCCCUGAAGGCAGCCCCUACCUGUCACGGCGUCACCGCAGCCCGGGCCAGGAGGGCGAGCACUACCACAGCUGCCUGCAGCUGGCAGCCCCACGCGGCCUCGAAGACCUGGGCCCUGGCCCCUUGAGUGUGGCUGCCGGCCCCCGGGUGGGUGGGGGGGCCGUGGCCGUGGCCCCCGAAGCACCCCGCACGGAGUGGAAGGUCAAGGUGCGCAGUGAUGGGACCCGCUACGUGGCCAAGCGACCCGUGCGUGACCGCCUCCUGAAAGCCCGGGCCCUGAAGAUCCGUGAGGAGCGCAGUGGCAUGACCACCGAUGACGAUGCAGUGAGCGAGAUGAAGAUGGGCCGCUACUGGAGCAAGGAAGAGCGGAAGCAGCACCUGAUCCGGGCCCGGGAGCAGCGGAAGCGGCGCGAGUUCAUGAUGCAGAGCCGGCUGGAGUGCCUGCGGGAGCAGCAGAAUGGAGACAGCAAGGCCGAGCUUAACAUCAUCGCCCUGAGCCACCGCAAGACCAUGAAGAAGCGAAACAAGAAGAUCCUGGACAACUGGAUCACCAUCCAGGAGAUGCUGGCCCAUGGUACGCGUUCGGCUGAUGGCAAGCGGGUCUACAACCCUCUGCUCUCGGUCACCACCGUGUGA